CAAUCUCAUUGUUGUCGGUUCAACCGCGGUGCGGCAGAAAACAGUUUAUUUCUUGACUCUUUGUCAAAUUUGGCAACUAAACGAGGUUGGAGCGACCUGCAGAUCAACUCUGGCGUAGCCCAGGGCAAUAUCUUACGAAUAACACGCGAUCUCCACUGGCAAAAGCGAAAUCAUCGUAUCGCGACCAGAAUAUUGCCGGGAACAUCGAUUGAAAGCUAGAGAACGGCUUUGAUGUUAUUGGUGUGUCAUAAUGACUCACAUUUUAACAAAUCCAGGCUAUCCAAAUGAGCUUCGCUUUCGCUCCAAGUCUGCCGAAGUGUUUAGAGAACAUGAAAGACGAAAACAAGGUAUUUCACAAUCGGAUUUCGACAAGAUUCGCAGCCUUUCUCGCCAGUCAUGGAAGCAUACUUGGGAAAACCCUGGCGAGCCUUUGCCUUCUGUAAAAUGUAACCACUUUGUUACUACUUACUCGACAACACAUAACUACAGAGCUCUUCAAGAACCCACUCCAUGUCGCCCGACUUCGCCAACAAGACGAAAUAAUCCUCACCCUACAAGAUCAUUUUUGCGACUCAGGUUGAGGGAGGCUAAGGGGUUUCCCAAGCCGAAAGAAAAACCAGGACAGGACCCUUAUGAUGUUGGUUAUAAGCCUGAUGAACCAAGUGACAACCAGCAAACAAUGUACUACACAUUAUGGGAGAUGAAAGAUAUGGAAAAGAGAGGAACAGAUGAGGUAUUAAAAGCUGUCAUGAAUCCAAAAGCCAUACCAGCGACACAAGCUUGGGUGAGAAAUGCUACCAUGAAAGACAAGAAGACAGUCACAAACAUGAUGAAUGCAGCACAAGACACAGUACAAAUGGAAGAGACUGUCAGUUCCACAUUCAGGCCUGAUGUUGUACCAGCUGUAAAUCGAUGGUUAAAGAAAGCUGGAAAUGAAGAACAGCAAGCUGUAAUGAGAUUAAUUAGAACACUGGCAUCUGAUCCAAUCCGUGAUGGCACGAUAGAUCCACGCUACACAGGACAACAGCAUCCAGACAGAUACAUCUUAGGAAAAUACAAAGUGCGGCAAACACUGCCAGCAGAAAUGCGCAUUAAUGUGAAGAAUCACUUUCCAAAAAAGUCUCAUUUCAAAGCACAUCCUGCAUGGUUGCAGUCUUGAUGCCAGAUGAAAGACUUUUUUGUAGCUUUAUGUAGUACUGUUGUGUUGGUAUUGUCAGUCCCACUCUUGUUUGCAAAACUUGACCUGCUGUUGCUCAUAAUAGAGUGCAUCAAAUCUUGCAUGCAAAUGUCAAUCAUUACUAUUUGGAAAAUCACAUAAAGUUUGGGCAUAAAUACAACAACAAGGCUAUUGAAAGAAAGUACCUGUAAGACAGAAUUUGAAAAUUGAAUGUAUUUUCACAUGUG